AUGGGCCAUCCGAAGAAUGUGCUUGCAGACGUGCUUUUGGCGGCUGCGGGUGGCAAUGCAGUAUGUACGCCCAACCUCACGCAGAUGUACCCCAACGCAACCGUCAAGACGGUUGAUAUUGUUGUCGUCGGGGGUGGUGACGCUGGUGCCAAUGCGGCAUCAAACCUGUAUGACGCUGGACUGUCCGUUAUCGUACUCGAGAAGGAGGACCACUUGGGUGGCAGGGUCAACGGCUGGACCAAUCCGUCAACAAAUGUCAACUACGACUAUGACGUUGCUACGUACACCAAUUACACUGGCACGGAAGCUUUCUUUGAGCGCCUCGGCAUCAACAUCACUACGCCGACCUUCUUGACGACGACUUCUUCCUACGUGGAUUUCAGCACCGGCGAGACUAUAGCGUAUGAUGCCGCUAAUUUUACCACCGAGCUGGUCGCCCUCCAGAAAUACUACGAUGUGGCCAACAACUACUCCGAUUACUACCUGCCAUCCUACGCAAACUGGCCUGCUCCCGAGGACAUCCCGGAGGACUUGCUGAUGUCCUUCAGAGAUUUUGCUAUCAAGUAUGAGCUGAACACAACAAUGUUGCUUAUCUGGGCCGGUAUUGGUGCCGGCUUGGCCGACAUGCUGGAUGCGCUGGCGCUGUAUGUGAUGCAGACUUUUGAUCCUCAGACAGCAGCUGUCUUCCUGGGUUAUGAUGUCCAGUAUGUCCCAACAUCUGGCCGCAACCAAGACAUUUACAAUACCAUCGCCUCAAUCCUGGGCGACUCUGUCAUGGUCAACACCACUGUGGUCUCGUCUUCCCGUCUCGCCGACAAAGGCGGUGUCCAGUUGGCGGUAAAGAACUUUGUCACUGGUAAGGUCGCCGUGAUCAAGGUAAAGCGCCUCGUCAUGGCUAUAGAGCCCACGACCGAUAACACCGCUCCUUUCAACCUAGACACAAAGGAAUCAGCAGUGUUUGACAAUGCCACAUGGAGUGUCGUACACGCCGGCAUAGUGUCACAUUUUUCCCUUCCGACCAAUGGCCUCGUUUACAACCUGCCAGCUAGUGCUGCUAAAGGCAAUGCCUUUUCCUAUCCCGAGCCUCCCUUUGUCGACUAUCUUGAGUACAUUGGCGAGGAUCUCUGGCAGGUGAUUGCCGCCGGUUGGGUUGGAUUCUCGGUGGAGGAUGCACAGAAUCUGGCCAACGAGGCACUGCAAAUGAUGGCUGCUGCUGGCACCAUUCCGGCCACCAAUGGUACUAACCUGACCAUCCAGGCUUGGUCUGACUAUGGAGCCAUGGAUAUGCGCACAUCCGCUAAGAAUCUCAAGGCCUGCUUCAUUCAGCAGCAGUAUUCCCUGCAGGGUUACCGCUCAACUUACUGGACAGGCGGUGCAUUUUCCAACCAGCUCUCCACGUACAUGUGGGCUUACAACAAGGAGUACCUUGUUCCGCUCGUUGUCGCCAGCCUGUGA